GCGGACGCGAAAAAUGCGGAGCUAGUGCUGGCCUUGGAGCAGGUGAAAGUCCUGCAGGGCGAGAAAAAGGCGAUGGCGAUCGAUUUAGAACAUGUGAAGGCGGAAUUGCGGAAAGCAGCGCUGGAAAAGGGACAAAUCGAGGAAAAGGCACAGAAACUGGAGCAAUUUAUCCGGAAUGUAGCUUUGAAACCGUGAGAGCGAUAUUACUGUGAUUUUUUCCAUUUCCUGAAAGAAGAAUGAAACAGUAUCAUGAUGUGAUGGGACAAAAACAAUUCGAAGGUUGAUGAAAAAUUCAGUCUGACACCUUUCUGGUGCCGGUGAUAAGCUGAAGCGAAAGAACUUUUUUACAUUACACUCAAGCAUGAAAGCGAACUUGUUUAAUUGGAAUAGUCAACCACGGCUGCAACGGGAAAAGCAAAGCCGAGAACUUACGAAAAUCAGAGAAAGAACAAGGAAUGAGACUAAAAAUAGCGGCUUACCAGUUAAAAGUAACUGGAGGAAAUUAACGUCGCAGCGUUGGAAAUUUACUUUAUAGUUCUUGGAAAGCAGUGACGGAUUUGGAUUAAGAUCGUUUUUGACCUUACAAAGGAUGCUAGCGCAGAUGAAAUCUGUGACAACAAUCUGCAAGUGCGGUAUCUUAGCUGCGCUAAGAACUACAACGAAUCUGGAACUUCGUCGUGAACUUGUUUUUGGAGAAAUGAACAAUCAAACUCGCUGGAAU